GUGAUUGCCGUAUGUUAGGCCGUAUGAGGAGAUGGGCGGGAAGAAGAAAUCUAAGAGUGGGAAAAUGGGAUUGGAGAAACGGGCAGUUGGGAUUGUUCAUGAAUUCUUGAGUUUGAUGGUGGAGAAGAUGGUGGAAGCGGAGAGGAUCAGCCAUUUUAGGAGAUGGUUUGGCAUUGAUUUGAACGUAAGGGAUUUGUUCUUGGUUCACCCUGGGAUGUUUUACUUGUCAACCAAGGGGAAGAAAGUCUUUUUAAGAGAAGCUUAUGAGAGGGGGUGCUUGAUUGAGCCGAACCCUGGGUAUAAUGCAAGGAGGAAGCUUCUUGAUCUAGUUCUUAUGGGACGUCGUGGUUUGCUCACCAACAAUUCAAAGUUGAGUGAGGCUGGUAGGAGCCAGGAGGAAGGAUGUCAAUAGGAGCAAAAUGAUUGAGAUAAUGCUUUUCAAGUGAAGAAUGCUGGUUUCAAAAUUAGGGUGAACCUCCUUAAUUGAAAUUGGCAGUGGCAUA